AUGCCCGGCCUGCCGUUCCUUCUAUGCAGACUUGGUUAUGCUGUUAUUAAUUCGCCGCCUUCUCUUAUAGCAUCGGUCGACCUUGACGAAUGCAUCGAAAGGCUUUACAAGAAGAACCUACUCGCGGAAUCUGUCAUCGAGGCAAUAUGUGCGAAAACCAAAGAGCUGCUGAUGCAGGAGAGCAAUGUUGUGCAUGUACAAGCGCCAGUUACUGUUGUCGGUGAUAUUCAUGGGCAAUUCUACGACUUGAUCGAAAUAUUCAAGAUCGGGGGGUAUUGUCCCGAUACCAACUACCUCUUCCUAGGCGACUAUGUUGAUCGAGGCAUGUUUAGCGUGGAGACGAUUUCCCUUCUUGUCUGUCUAAAGCUACGAUACCCACACCGAGUACAUUUAAUCCGCGGAAAUCAUGAAUCUAGAGGAGUUACGCAAUCAUACGGGUUCUAUACGGAAUGUUCGAGGAAAUAUGGAAAUGCCAACGUCUGGCAUUAUUUUACAGAUAUGUUUGAUUUCCUCACGCUGAGUGUUGUCAUCAACGACCAAAUAUUUUGUGUCCAUGGAGGACUAUCACCCUCCAUUCAUUCUAUAGAUCAAAUCAAGAUAAUAGACCGCUUCCGCGAAAUCCCGCACGAAGGCCCUAUGGCUGACCUGGUCUGGUCCGAUCCCGACCCGGACCGCGACGAAUUCUCUCUAUCCCCUCGAGGCGCGGGGUAUACCUUCGGCGCGCAAGUCGUCAAGAAGUUCUUAGCAGUGAACAAUAUGUCGCAUAUCUUACGCGCCCAUCAACUCUGCCAAGAAGGAUACCAGGUCCUCUACGACGACCUCUUGAGUACGGUUUGGAGCGCACCAAACUACUGCUACAGAUGUGGAAAUAUGGCCAGUGUGUUGGAAGUUAGUGAUACGGGAGAGAGAUUCUUUAAUGUUUUUGCUGCGGCGCCGGAGAAUGAUGUGCAUAAGGGAGAUAUUCAGCAGGGGGGCCAGGAUAAGCUUGCGGAUGGGAACUCCCUGCCAGAUUAUUUCUUGUAA